AUGUUCGGAUUGCAAUUGGUGGAACUCUUAGACUGGGACGUCCCACCAUCUGUAGUGUCUUCGAAUAGCGCUACGUUGAAGAAUCCCUGGUGUACCAGAAAGGAUAGAGAUAUCCGAUAUUGCAUUCACGAACCAAACGCAACUUGCAAUAAAUACGCAGCCGUCAAAUGCAGCGAUCCCCUAAAUGUAUGUCUAGCCGAUUGUCAAGAUUAUGAUUCAUUUGAGUCCUUUGAUUGUCCUCAAAGCCAAACAACUCAGGAAGACACUACUCGAGGGAUCACAUCGACUAUAUCUACGGUAUCUACAACUAUCAGCUCUUUAGGCCAAACAUCACAGGAAGACACUACUCAAGGGAUCUCAUCUACUCUAUCUCCGAAAUCUACAACUAGCAGCUCUUUAGGUAACCGUUAAAAAACAAUCACUUGUAAAUAGCUUAUAAAAUGUCAGGGCUAUUUGCAUAAAAUCAAAACUAUAGUAGCCCACUAAAAUCCCUACGUACCAACUAUGGAGUAGCCAACUCCCCCACAGUUGUCGUUGGAAACUAGACAUUGUGUGCUCUCUCAGAUGGAGAAAGCGCGGGUUAAGUAAGAACAUAGUUUAGAAGUUAACUUACUUAUCACUGACAGUAUUUUAUGUCGAGUUGCCAUCUACUAUAUGUUGCCAAUAAUUGUUAUUCAUAAAGCUUUACUCAGAACCUUGCAAGAUAGUACCAAACAAGAGAGAUGCCAACUA